GAAAUUAUAGGGUUGAAUAUCCGUUUCCCCUCAUUUACUUCGGAAUCACAAACCCUAAAAGUCAAGUCAUCCAGAACGCGGCAAUUCCAACUACCUCUUCCCCUUAAUAAACAAGCCCUCCACUCUACUGUUAAGCCCAUCUGAAAAGCCUUUCCCGGAAAUUCUCCCACACUUUUCCUCCCUCUUUUCUCUCUCCCCAAACACCCAGAAAUGGCGCUGGAGUGGGUAGUGCUAGGCUACGCCGCGGCCGCAGAGGUGGUUAUGCUCCUCCUGCUGACCCUCCCAGGCCUCGACCCUCUCCGCAAGGGCCUCAUCUCCGCCACCAGAGCCCUUCUCAGACCCUUCCUCUCGGUGGUCCCGUUCUGCAUCUUCUUGCUCCUCGACAUCUACUGGAAGUACGAGACAAGGCCUUCGUGUGAGUCCCUCAGCACUUGCACCCAUUCGGAGCAUCUUCGCCACCAAAAGUCCAUCAUGAAGAGCCAGAGGAAUGGGAUGUUGAUCGCUUCGGCGCUGCUCUUCUACUGGGUUUUGUACUCCGUGACCAAUCUUGUGGGUCGGGUCGAGGAGUUGAAGUCUCGGGUCGAGAAGUUGAAGGAUUAGUAUGGGUGAGAGGAAAGUGGGAUUUCCAGCAGUCUAGUGUUCGGUUGCUGGGGAAGUUCUUGAAAUGGAAACUGAAUUGGAGGUUAGUUUUCACUUGUUUAUGAGAAAAUGAAAGACCAUAAAGAUACUGUAGUACGCUACUUCACAUAGAUAUUUUAGUACUCUAUACAGGCAGACAUUAUUCAUAAUAGGGCUAAUCUCUGUAUUUGUUCGAAUUAGAAUCAUCAAUAAAUAUAUAUCUUUAUUCUCU